CCGGAGUGUAAGGACCUUAACAGGCAACAUUUAAGUUUGACAAGUGAUUUUUUUUUAAUAUAUCAUGAUAUGUAUCGAUAUCGACUGAUAUGAAAAAUAUCAUGAUAAACUUUUUCUCAUAUCACCCAGCCCUACUCUUAAUGUAAUAGUAACAUCACUCCAGCACAAGACACACCAAUAAAGAAACAAAGGUAAACACUCCCUAUUUCAGCUUAUUCUACCCUCACAGACCCCUAAUAGGUCACAUCAUAGCAGGAGAUAUCAAAAUAGAGGGGCAAUGUCCAUAAAGUGUGCUCAUAGCUAACAAUUCAAUCUUAUGCAUAAAGAAAAAUGUCCAUACAAAACACAUGCACAUGAACUCUGUAAAUAAGGACAGCUAUUUCCCUUAACACAACACAAAUGGGUGUUUCAUCAAAGUCCGGCUGACAUGUGAUGCCAGCGUUAGCUCCCGAAAAGUCACCAAGGGGUUCGUGUGUCCAUACACAUCUUCACUCUUGCUAAUUAAUCCGUCUUUAUCACAGCAAACAGUCUCUGUAACAGCAGAUAAGAAAGGUUGUUGCUUUCGUUUUGUCUCAUGUCCUUAAAAUGUAUCUGUCCUCCAGUAACCACGACAGCUUCGUCUUCCACGGCCAUGAGAUCCCAGUCAAGAUUUCAAACAAUCAAAGGGCAAAACUUAGCCCCGAAUUUUGCCUGUCAGCUCACAUUUCAUGAAACAGCGUUUGCAAAUUCUCAGUUUGAAGUGACUGAGACGUUUCAAAAUAAACGAAAGAAUCAGACGUUGGUUUGGCAAGGCACAUUUGUUCAAAAAGCGAAACAGAAAAUGCCUUGAAUACAAAACUCAGGGCUGAGAAAAUACCACGAAGACUGUUUUGGUAACUACUCUAGCAGCUUAAAUCUGUGCUUCAUGCCGCAAAAGUCAGGUAAUUAGCUUGAUAAAUAUGAAAAUUCGGGCUUAUCUAAGCAGUUAACCUCGUAAAUACUUUCAGCAAUGAGGAGUAAACUCCACGUAACCGAGUGAUGUUUAAGUUCCCGAAUUUUAGCAUUUGUUUUAGAUGUCUGAACCGGGAGUGCAUGUUAUAAACGAUAACCAACUUAGAAAACUAGUACUGUUAGCUAGCUCUUUGUUGAAGUUACCAACCGCUACUCAGUUUGUAAAGCAAAUAAGACGCUACUUCUUGUGUUGAAUGUAAAUAUCCGCCUGUAAAUGUCAGAAAAAUCUGGUUUAACUCUUAACAGUCGGUGGUGGUUUGUCGUUUGCCUGUGUGCCAUGGUGACACAGGGGUGGGUCUUCACUCCUCAAGUUUUGCGGUUUCCAAGGUAACAGACCCCUGUGGCUGUGAGGUCUGCCUGCGAAAUCUCCACAGCCCUCUGAAACCCUGCUGAACCGACCGAAUAAAUGCAUUCAAGUCAAAUAAAAGGUAAGUCUGCCAUGCAUUUAUGUUAAAAAAGAGUUACUUUGACCUCAGGUAAAUGUUCACUGGCUUUUGGUUUGACUGCACCGUGCUCAUGACUGAAAAUAUCCCUUUACUCUGUCUCGACCCACCUGCUGGACUGGUUGGACUUGGUUAACAGUUGUUGAGAUUUACCUUACGACAGAGGCCUCAGUGUAUAUUCUUGUCUUUCUAAGUUGAACAUUUUCUUUGAUCUAAUCUUCAUUAACUGUUGAGUUGUAAGACCUGUUGACAUCGUGAAAAGAUGCAAAGCAGAAUUUCUCCAAACCUCCAAAUUUGGUUGUUUCAUCCAGUAUUUACUCCAAAGUUCAGAAAUAUUAAUUAACAUCUUUGGAGCUUUCUGUUUUUAAAGGGUACUGUCACUUCACAAGUGGGAGGGAUGAGCAAGGAAGCAUGUCAGUUUAGGGUUAGACCACAAAAUAUAUAUAUAUUCAUACUACAUGUUCUCCUUCCUACAUACUGUACAUUUAAAGCUCCUGUCAGGACAUUUUUUGAUGUUUAUGAAAUAGACAGCUUGAAAGUAAAGCUUCAACGUAAAGGUCAUACAAAAUGAAUGUAGAAUGGCACUCAAAUGCCAAAACUGAUUAUUUAAUCGGCGUUGAUUAAUUUUCUUCUUUUAAAUUAAUUUUCUUCUUUUAAAGGUUCUCAAUUGGGAAAUAUGAGCUGUCAUAUCUGAGCCCCCAGACCAUCCUGAACUGCUCACUGUACUUUUGGUAGCCUCUGUGUCAGCUCAGCUACACUCCUGUUCACUUUAAUCCAAAUUCAGACAGUGUAACCCUGUGAAAAUCCACGUAGUGUGUCUCUUGGCCUGGCUGACUGCCUCUCUGACAGCUUUGGAAAUGACAGCAGAGCUUAGCAGAAAACUUCCCUCUCUUUUUUUUAUCUGUUUGCCACCUUCCCUUCCUCAUUCUGUCAUGCUUUUUCUUUCCUGGUUUAACUAUCUCUUCUUCCCUCGAUCACACUCCAUCUGGCCAUCCAGGAUGCAGUGUUAGCUCGCCUGCCUGUCAGGUGAUUACAGCCAUGCUGCUGUCUGGCUGUGAGGAGGUGAAGAGCUUAGUUAGCCUCCUGUCCUGAAUGUAUUCUGAUGAUCAUUGUCCGUUCACAAUGCUGUAAGGGCUUUAGAGCAGCUUAAUUCUCCCCCAUCUGGCAGCUAAGAUAAGUCUGUAGUUUCUGCGGAUGAACAGGGAGUGUGAGCAGAGUAACAGGUGAGUUACUUCUUUAUCUUUAAAUAACACUGGAAGGCUCGAAAAUGUAGUAGUUGUGUUACUGAAUGAGGAAAAAAAAAAGUGUCCCCAAAAACUCAAAUAGUUUUGUUGAAAAAUUCUGCAUUGCACAAGACCUUCUAUGAUUUUAUUACAUUCACUUUCAGCUCAACAAUAUUUUUGUGCCCUUUUGAUCCCCCCAGGUGAUUCAUGCUCUCUUGUUCAGUGUUUGUUGCUUUGGCGCAGCAGCUGUUUCCUCUGUUCCUUUGGUCAAUUCUGUUUCAUGUGUUCGUUUUUAGAUGAGUUGUCACAUAGGUCGAACUGAACACAGCUUAACUGCUGUCAACUUUCAUUUGUUUCAUAGAUGUUAGUGGAUAUUGGACUGUUUUCACUGUUGAGUUAAGAAUAUCCCCUCACUGCUGUCACUUGUUCUGGUGUAAAUUAUGCUUGGUUUUCAAAAGCGGAUGUAAAUGAUCGGAGUCAAUCCUUGAUCUGCCAGGGAAAUCUCCAGAUUGGCUCUGAUACAGUGGUUGAGCUGUUCGUUUGGUGCUUCGCUGCUUUAUGCAAGAUUUUUUUCUUUUUCUUUCUUUUUCUAUUUUACAUCGUCAGUUUAAAAACAAGCAUGUAAAAUCUGAUUUCUAAAGGCAAAUAGUCAAUUUUUUACUGCAAAUAUCUGAUAGCCAAAGUUAAAAGGGACCACAAGAGUAGAGGAGUAGAAGUCAAUAGUUGCGUAACAUCCUGGUACUCAGGGUGCUGGAAAAGAAUAAAAAAUGUCAUAAUCAUAGCCUUCGCUUCAGCUCUUCUUAAAGAAAGUUUUAUUUUCUGCAUCUCCAUCCUCAGUUGUUUACCCAACAAACUGCACCCUCAUUCCUUGUGGUCUGCUUUAAAUGCAUGGUGAGUUUGCUGUGUUGGCCGGCAUGCAGACCUUCUUCUGAUCUGUGUAUGAAAGGCUCGUGGAGAAAACAUGAUGCAAGUUUGUCAGAGCUCUACACUUACUAAGCCUUGUGUUUGUUUUUAACUCAGUCAAAACAAGUGUCUCUGGGUGUGUGUAUGCAACAAACAUACUCUGCUGACAAGUGUGUGUGUGUUUGUGUGUUUUUCCUGUUGGAUGAGAGACACUGUAAGAGGCUAAUAAUCUUCUUGCAUUAAUCCGUUUGCUGAUGAAAGAAGCAAAGAUGCUUGCAGACCACUUUUCUUAAUGAGAAUCUGAGUGCUGCUGUACAGAAUUUCCUUCCUGCUUUUCAAUGCUGAUUUCAUCACAUCAAGUUAAAAGCAGUUUUCCUGAAAUAAGAAGCUUCUUACAUGUUUUUAAGUUCUGAGAUUUACACAGUAUUUGGACAUUUUGUUGCUGGCUGCUGACACUGCUUAAAAAACCUAAAACUAAAUAAUGCAGUGUUCAGAUGUAAUGCUAUGAACAGUGCCUGGCUAAAUAGUGGUAUGGUUGUAGUAUGAAUAAUAAAAAAUAUAAAUAAUAACAAAUUAAUAGCAGAAACAAUGCUUUGAGUGAUUUUCAGAUAGCAGCAACAUGAAGUUUGUCCAGUGGUGUUCACUCUUAUCUGCAGUUUACAUCUCUCAAACUGUCUGAGCAUCAUAGUCAAAUAUUGGUUGAAGUUUAGUUGAAAUUCUGAGUGGAGAUAGGUUAGGGCCUCAGUGUUGGAGACUGUAAUAGAGAUGAGAUCUUUGUGGUGUAGUGGUCUCACUCUGUGAAGUCUUGUGGAUGUGUUUUAUUGCUCAAGCUGAAAAGCUCAGCUCCUGGUGAUGUUGUGGUGUUGCCAUAGUGAGUGCUGCAGCUUCACACAAACACUUGAAUGAAUGGUUCACUGUGAAUUAGGGGUUAAAUCCCGGCUUGGGUACAUGAAUGGUGCACAUAACAGGUCUAGUUUCAAACUCAGUCCCUAAAAAGCAAGAUAACAGUUUUUGUUGUUGUUGUGGAAUUGAUUUGUAUAGUAUUAACUUUUUUUCAACGUCUGCGUUCCUUAUGACGGCAUUUCUUUCCUCGUUAUUGACCCUCAAGACUUCAAACAAUAGUCAUUCUUCAUGUUGGAGAGUAUUGAACACUAUAUUGAUGAGGGAUGCAGUGUGGGAAACAUUAUUGAGAGCUGAUGCCUGCAGUGUUUAGUGUUUCUAGAGGACAGCUCUGUGAGCUGCAUAGUCUCAACUGCUGGUCUGCAGUCAGUUAUGACUUUUUUAAACUAGUGUUGUCUUCGAAUAAGAUUUUAGUUAUUUUCAACAUUUAUUUAUCAAUUUACCACCAGUUUGGUAACUCAUUGAAAGGAAAUUGCAGAAACAUUCAGUGUUUCUCCUCUCUCCUGAAGAUCUGUAACGAAUCUUUUGUUUAACAGAUACUAAUUUCUGGUGCUAUUUGAAGUUUCAGCAGCGUCCAAAGAUAUCUCCUGUCAUCAAGACUGACCAGCACGUCCUCCUUCCCUUCACUAAAAUGACCUACAAUCAGUGAACUUCUGUAGCCAUGGCUUUGAAAGUGGACCCCUCUGCAGAGCUGGACCAACUAGAAGAGACGCAGAAGGUUCUUGUGCCUGGCUGAUACAGUAACUGAGGUCUGGGCAACAAACUGGCCAAAAUGGAGAGACAAUCCAACACCACAGCAGGGAUUCUUUUCUGGACCCCUGCCCCAGCUCGCACCUCACCCCCCAGUUCUGCGAUAUCUGAGGAUGAGCGGGAGCAUGAGGAAGAGGAACAAGUGGAGAAAGGUGAUGACUUUGUAAGUCAGAUGGAUGAGAAUGGCAUCAUUGGACUGACAGAAGCUCUGGAAGAUGUGGAGGUGAGGGAAUCUUGUGAUGAACUGGACUCAGAAUUUAUUGCUGAUUUGAACCCUGGACCCUUCACACCAGAGGAGGAAGACUUUCGAGACCUAAGAGAUCAGUCCAACAGUGAACCAUGGCUAAAGUGGUUACUUCCUGGGAGCGACAAGUACUUGGACAUGAUGGAGAAGGAGGAAGAUGGAAAAAAAACAGGGAAGAGAGGCAGGAAGCUGAGGGAAGAGCACCUUGGUAUUAUCAACGGCUUGACUGAGAGCCAAAUGUCCAAAGUUGAGAAUGUGCAGACCAGCCCUGAGCAGUCAAGUAGUGCUCACCUGCCGGCUAUGGAAACUCUUAAGGUCUCAAAUCAUCACUGCCCUGUAUCCCAGCCUGCCUCAUCUGUCACCCGCCCAACUUUCCCUCAUCUUCUCCACUUCAUCGCGGAGGAAAUCCUUGCUGCCCCAGGGAUCCAAGCUGAAACUUUACCAGACAUGAGCUCCUCAGAAAGUAUACAAGAUUCACCCAGGAGCCACACAAGCCUCAGGUCCAGCCCUCCUUGUCAUGAAGAAAAACUCAGGGCCUCUCCUCAGCCAUUAGCUCUGUUUUCUGACGGUUUGUCAGAUACAUACAGUAGAGGAACUAACAGGCCCUUAAAUGGAACUGUAAAGCCCGAUAGACAUCAUAAACAGCCUACAUCCUCUCCAAGAACGACAAGGCUGCCCUGUCCUAAAGCAAGUUAUUCAAAGACUCAAUGUCUUAGCACAGAUGGGGCUGAUUCCUCAAGGCAGACUAAAAGUUUGAACAGAGAAUCUAGAGCCAAGAAUAAAGCUGCCAAAGUAGAUGAGACCAGGUGAGUUUUAUUUCCAAAGACUUUUUCAACAAACUUUGCUGUGAGAUUUUAAGAAUUGUGUCAUAUUUCCAGAAAAGAGUCUUUAAGCUACCCUACACCAGACUUUUCCAAGGUGGAGCCAAGAGUUCGUUUCCCCAAAGGUGGCUACACGCCCCCCAAGAGCAGACGCUCCUUCAGGAGAGACUCCCUGUCUCCUGAGUCCACCUUUGUUUUUAAAUCCCCUGCUGCAGAAGUCUCACUGAACACAAUGGAUGGAUCAGUACCACCAGUCUCCUGUGAACCAACAAGCAGUGCCCUGAUCUCCAUUGUGCCUCAGGAGUCUAGACGCAAGCAGCAGGCCACCCCGCUGAUUCAGCAACUGCAGGUACUAAUAGUGAUGACAUCUACAGCAGUCAUUUUUUUUACUUUUUAGUCCCAAAGCAUAAAGUUAUCUCAAGACACUUCACAGAAGGAGCAGGCCUAGACUGCACUCUGUGUUAAAACACUUACAGAGUUUAUACUAUGGGUCUGCCCUGAGCAAGCCCGGGACAACCUUGGCACUAAUUGCAUGGUAAACAUUCAGUUAAGAGGCAGGUAAGUUGCAGACUCAUCAACAACAACCAUCUGCCUCAACUGGCAGAGUGGAGAAGUUUAGAGACAGAAGAGAGUCAUUUCCAUAAUUGAGAUUAUAAUAAGGUGUCAAUUUAUGCUCACAUAUGGUGUGAGAUGUUGACAGUUCAUCUACGCAGAUACCUACACAGCUUCAGAAAACAAGCAUACAUAACAGUGUGUUACUUACAAGAGAGACUUGAUCAUAUUUGGCCGUAAAACAGCCAGAGAGAGACAGAAAAAAAAUCUGCACAUUACUUUGGUAAAAGUCACUUACUGUAUGUCGUUUGAAAUACUAAAUUAGCACUUAUAUUUUAAAUCAAUGUGUCAGCUGCAAAUUGCAAACACAUUGCUGCUGAUUCUCAGAGGCAGAGUAGGCAAGCUCUUUAUACCCUCCCAGUUUCUGUAGCAACACCGCAGUUAAACAGACACCAAGAGCUCAGCAGGGAAAUUAAAUUCAGAUGUUUGUUUACUAUCAGGUAAAUUAAAAAGAUUGAAAUCACUAUGUGGUACUUGGAAGAAGGAGUAAUUGAAUAGACAAAGUUUGGCUGCUGCUCAGAGCUGCACUGUGCACUUUAGUCCUGACAGUGCAAGUUAUAUACUGUACUAGGCUACUUCAGGCUACUUCCAAGAGCAGAGCAAAAAGUAGUUAAUUCAGAUGGGAAAAAAAACACCCCGUUGUGUGUAAUGACACAGCUUUAAUGUAAAGCCAGAUGAAAUCCUUAAUUGUCAUGAAUAAAGUUACUUUUAACAAAUAGAGAGACUGAGAGACUCAAUGUUCAGAAACACUAAUUCAGGUCACAGAGAGCUGGAAUGUUUGGUGGAUCACUGACAAGUUAAGACAUGACCAGGUUUAUACAACCAAAUCUCAGUAGGCAGGAAAGAUUUCUCUUUAAAUGUGCAUAGCUACUGGUACUGGUGUUUGUGGACCAGGUAUUAUUUGCAAAGAAAGAGACAUAUUUUGUUUCAACUAUGCAUAAUGUCUUAUAUAAUUGCAUGCAGACACCAGAUUUUAACCCUGUGUUCAUGCUCUGUGAACUAGAAAAUGUCCUUUAAUGAAUUAAGCCCAAAGUUUUAGAACACAGUGAUGUUUUGAAUAUGACACAAACUUUAAUUUAACGUCUCUGAAAGUUAACAAUUGUGGUUUGGGCUUUGUCGUCACUGCUAAUAAGCAAAGUCCCCAAACUGUUUGAAGGACACUGCUGUAUAGAAUAUGCCUGCGUGCUGAAGCAUACAGAUUUACUUUGUUAGAGCCAGCAGGCUGAAAGAUGAAAAAUCAUACCCACAUGUUUUUCUGUGACCAUCUUGUGACCCAUAAUGUUCCCUUCACUCUCACUGGUUUCUCAACUUUUUCAUCAACUUUUCUUUUUUCACUUUCUUUUCAUGUUUGUCUUUUUUCCACCUCACAUACCUCCCUUUUUCCUCCUCUUAUUUCUUACUCCAACUGUUCUUAUUUCCUCUCCGCUGCAGGAGGACUACAAUAGACUGCUGAUUAAGUAUGCCGAGGCGGAAAACACCAUUGAUCGUCUGCGUCUGGAAGCCAAGGUAGUUAAUCUAGAAAUCAGGUCUAUAAUUCAUCACUUUUAUAAUGGUGUGCAGUGGUGCAGAGUUUUAAAAACAGCACAUGUACAGAUUUAAUUUUGCUUUUCAUCUUAAGUCACCACAACACUUCAGCGCGGAGGGAAAACUUCCCGAUAAUGCACAAUUAAGUUUCCUUGAACAAGAAUUUGAAUCAUGAUUGGCUGUAUACUCCAUCAUACAAAAAACAUGAAUACUAGCAUAACAGUUGUAGUUUGUGUUUACUCAAAAUUAUAGGUAAUAUGGUGAAAGUCAAAAUAAGACAAAGUAACCAAAAGUAAAACAAUGUAAAGUGUCAAGGAGAAUCAAAUGAAAGCCUGUUUGAAAAUGAGUUUAUAGAUAUAGUGAAGUCAGAGUGAGUACUUUUUCAUUUCAAGAUAUCCUUAAUCAUUUAGUGGCUUUGUUUGAACUGUAUUCCUACAGAACAGACCUGCAGCCAUCAAACAGGCCCAGUCCAGACAGUGUCAGCACAUCACAGACAGAGCAGUGAGUCAGAGAGCAUAAUUAGAAAUCUCAGAGAAGGAUGACAAUGAAGGAAGAGAACUGGAGGAGUUGUAAAGUAGCUCUAUUAAAGAAUUAUAGAUCCCUUUUCUGUUCAAGCUGCAGCCCCAAUCUCAUAAUCAGCACCAAUUAAAAUCAGAUUACUGAGCCCCCCACGACCCUCCACCCUCCCUUCAUCUCCUUUAGCCCAGCACUGAACGACCAUCUGUCUCCCCCUCCCUCUUUAAAACUGGAUCUCACAGGCAUGCUAGGAGGAGAGGCUUUACACUGAAAUGUUAUUUUUUACAGCAGGUGAUGAUAUUUGGUGCAGUUAAUAAUUUUAUCUGACCCCAAUUUAGGAAUGUUAAUCAAAUUAUUUUAUGACAAACUCAAAAAAAGUCAACAUUUACUUCACUUUAAUGCUCACUUGAAUUAAAAUCUUCAACUAAUCUUUGGUAGUCCCCAGUCAAAAACACCUGAAUAGAUUUUACCUGAAGUUUCUUAGUGCCUCUGCCUCUAGUUUAUUCCUCUUUUUUGACCCCAGUUUUCAGAGUCUUGACUCUUAACUGUAAAAAAAAAAGCCCAACCAUCCAACAAUGAGAGCGGGGAAGAAAAACAAAAGCAGCCGACAGUUAGCGGCACACUGGGUGAAAUAUAGCCGGAGAGCAUAAUGUGUUUUAUGUCUUUUGUGUUUGUGUUUGUGUGUGUGUGUGUGUGUGUGUGUGCGUGCGUGCGUGCGUGCGUGCGUGCGUGUAUGUUUUACAGGACUCUUGAGGUCAGUUAAAGGUCACUAUGAUUUACUGCUAGACAGCCCUGGUGGGAGGGGCCUCCUUUCUUCUGUAUUAUCAUUAUUGGUACAUGAACAUUUGCAGGGAGAGAAGAGAGGCGCUGUGCGUACCCAGAUUAAAGUCUGUUAGUACUUCUGUUUUCAUUGAAAGAACCUGUUUUGGCUUCCAUCAGCUGUGGGAAAAGUUCAAGUGUAGCUUAGUUUAAUGUAAUUUCUGGUUUAGGACAGAGUUUAAACUCUGUGAAGACUUUAGAGGUUGCAUCAAUGAUAGUUUCAAUGACAGCAUAUGCACUCUGUUUGAAGACCCAAUUUGCACAGAGCUUCCUAAAGAGGCCUCUGAUGUUGUGAAAUUUUGUUACAGAACAAAAGCAGAAAAGGAUGGGAAAGAGACAAAGAACAUUUUAAUCAAACAAUGUUUUAACACUUUGACUCUGCAUAUUGAGCAAAUCUGUUUUUUUGUGAUCCCCAGUAUCUUUUCUCUGAAACAUAAUUUGUCUUUCAGUUUAUUUAGGAAAUAUUGAGAGGGAGAAAUCAUUAAUAAAAUGUGAAAAUAUCGUCCUUUUGGUCAGCUUCAGAAGAACUUUACAGUGUCAUUUCCAUUCAUCCCAAUCCUUCAUGCAUCUAGCAGUAUUUCCUAUGUGGUCUCAAAAAGAUAAGUCAUUGAACUAUGACAGUGAUGGAAGUUUCUUAAACUUCUUUUCAAAAGACAUGGUAAGCCAAGUAGACUUGUGAAAUUUAAGUUCUCUGUAAGUACAUGAAAAAAUGAUCGUUGAGAAUUUUUGUACGUUAUUAUGAUUAUUUUCAUUUUAUUCGUGUGUGUUCGUCACUUUCAUUCCUCCACCAGGUGAACCUGUACUCAGACCCUCCAAAGCCGGGCCUCUUGAUGCAGUCAGGACUAAACAAAGAAGCCUCAAAAGUCAUGACGUUGGACUUCCCUCAGGCUCAGAGAGCAGAGGUCAACACUGCCCCUCUUCAUCAAAAUGAACGAAGCAGACAUCAGGGUAUGUUUCUAUUUCUGUCAUCUUUUACCUCUUUCCCUUCUUAAUCAGUGUUUCUUACCUUAGUUAGUCAGUUUGGCGUGUAUUGUGUAAUUCUUCUCUUCACUGCAGAGAGUUCGUCUGCAUGCCCCUCUACAAGAAGUCCAGGCCCUCAGAUUGGAGAGCAGCUGGCCCAAACUCUCUACAGUCAGACAGAAAAAUUCCUCCAGCAGGUAAAUGACCCCUUACAUCUGCCAAAUGUGAUGACAAUGUGAUAUGAGAAUGAAUCCAGUGUAAAAGGUUUCUUUGUUCAGCUGCAGACUGUUGAAGAUCUUCUGAGGAGAAGAAUACUCACUCCUGUCCAACAGAUGAGGGUAAGGACAACCACUCACAGUAAAUGUUUAAUGGUGACCUCCUAUCUAAAAUACUGGACUGAUGCCCCCCAUGUCUCACAGUGUGUCUCACAGCUUGCUGAGGGGUUCAACUCUUUAGGAAAAGGUUACCUGUUGGCAAGGGAUGAGCACAAACUCCUGCAGCAGCAAGGGGCAGAUUUGGGCCAUUUUGACCCUGAACGGUGAGACUGAUGUUCAAGAAAGUUUUCAGUUAUACCCCCAAACUUACGUGCACUCUAGGGCUGUAAUCGACUGAAGUAAUUCUUGUUCGACUAAAACCCUCAAAUGUUCGACCAAAAAAAUCGACUAAUGCUAAUGGGACGCGGUGGGGGGCGACGCGGCUCGGCGGGGUGAAAAUAUACCAAUAUCAGCACAAGAAGACAAUUAAACACAAAAGGCAAGUUGAAAAGCUCAAAAUAAAAAUAAAUAUUUAACAAACCAUUGGCCGCUGAUUGACGUGGUGGACGCUCUUUAAUCUUCCUAUCUCCAGCCCUAGUAGGUUGGGCGAAUCCAAAAUGGCGAAAACAAGGGGGGUGUUCUGAGACAGGGUGUUACCUGUGAAACCGGGGUACUCUGAAAACACCCCUAUUAGCACUUGGUACGUUCCUCCAGAUUAAAUUAACCAUAGACUGUAAAUCGACGCGGGAAAAAACCGAAUGACCAAUCAGAAUUUUAGUCGACUCAGCACCUAUCGACCAGUAAGUCGACUAGUCGACCAGGACUUCACAGCCCUAGUGCACUCUGCCGCUUCUUUCUGUUGUUCCUAUUAUUUCUUAUUUCUAUGCAUGCACGUGUGUAACAGGGAGCUGGAGGGGCUGAUCUUUCAGUGUGGGCAGCAUUUGGAAGAACUGAAGGAGCAGGUGGAACAGAUUCAGCAGGAGAUGCCCAUCUGUGAGGUUCCUCCCUCUCCAUGUCCUCAUCACACCUCUUCAUCUGUUUCCUCUGAGGAAGAAGACACUGAGACCAAACCACAGGUAACAGCGAUACAGCACUCCAUGUUUGAAGUGAAGUAUGGGUACUGAUUUUCUGUUACAAAUAAGAGUUUCAGCUUUUCUCUGAUUGUAUCAUUGUCAAAAGAAUAUAAAGGCCUUUGAGGAUGUAGCCCACUACAAACAAGUCAUUUGAAGCCGUGAUCUAUCUUCCCUCAGAGCCCACCUAUGUCUUCACUGGCGGAUCCAGAAGAGGCAGCAAAUGUGGUGGGGACCUCAGCCAGUACAGACGGAGAAACUCCGAAUUCUUCCUACCUCAAAUCUGUGGAUGGAAAACACAAGCGUGUUGACCAACAUCCUGAUACAAUAGUGGAUGAGUUAGUGCCUGUUUUUUUCUGUUUUGUUUUUCAAAUAUGCAAUCCUCUGAGUAAUUUAAAAAGACUUGCAGUGGUGUUAGGACAUAUUUUUCACCUAUAUUCUUUGAUUUUUUGCUCACUGUUAGAGGCUCUGAUUACAGAAAGGAGGCGCUUAACCGGAGCCAGAGAGAUGGAGUUCAUCAGUCUACAACUCUGGGAACUGACCGGGAGGAGAGAGACGGACCAGCUGAUGCAAAAGGAAAUCUUAAAGUCCAGAAAAGUCUUCCUCAGAGGUUUGUUUGCAGAGAAGCAAACAAGAUUGACUACAGCUUAAUCUGCAGCACAUUAGUACUUGCCAUAUUGUAGGUGGUAAGACUGUGUAUUUCUUUUACUUUGAUUAAAUGCUAAACAGACAAACUUUUUCUCUCUGCCGCUCUGUUAAUAGGAAACCAGUUUAUCUGGACUCCCCUCCUGUUAAUAAACAGCACACUAGCAGAUCCAGCUCCAUUUCAUGUAAGGUCUUCAGUCAGCCCACUAGCCCCUCUGCUCCUUGUCCCAGUGGCAGAAGAAGUGUAGAACUGGGAAAAUCCCACAGCAGCAGUUUGAGCAGUCUGGGAGAGAUUACUGCAUCAGAGAAGAGGAACUCUAAAUUCCAAACCCAAAUCCACAGAGUGCUUUCUCAGGUCAGUUCAUACUGCGGUUCUAGUUAUUUAUUGUUUUUCACAAUAAUGGAAUAGUUAAAAAUGAAGGGCUCAACAUCAUUAUCUAUUAUUUCCCAUUAAAUGUUCUGUAUGAUCAGGAUGGAAUCAUCUCUCCAGAGAUGGACAGUGGGUUUGUUGGUUCGGAGAGCAGCCAUCCGACACCUGCCGCAGCGCCCAGUCCUCUCCACCAGAGGGCGCCAGAGAGGUGAUGAAAACCUGCUUCAGGGCCUCCACGCAGUUUUAUUGCACCAUGAAUGUUACCUCCUGUUAUGCUGAACCCUUUCCCCACAUUUCUGAUCCUGUCUUUUGUGUUUUUUGUCUUUCCUGAUGCUGCAGUGUUUCACUGCUUCAGGGGGGGAACUCAGGGAAGCCGCAGACAGGCCCAAUCACAGCACCAUCUCCAACCUCCUCACUGUUACACACUCAAACGGUUGUUGAGCCAAGAGGGGCCCUCCAGAUCAGCCCAGACAUACCAAGAAGAAGCAGACAGAGACAGAGAAGACGCAGGUUCUCUGGCUCUCUACAGCGCUGGUCAGCUCAGGACAGAGCCGAGAGUGGGACCAGUGAGUUUGGGCUGGAGAGUGACAGCAGUAAGUCUCCGAGUGAAUCCAUCACUAAAUGUUUAAAUCUCUAAAUGAAUUCUGGUGCCUGCUAUAUUGGCUGUUUUUGUAUGUAGACUAUCACUUUUAUUUAUUUGUGCAUUCUUUUACUGUUCCCUUUUGUUCGUGCAGCCGCAUCUGAAGACAGAUUGAAUGUCCACGACACAGAAUCCAUCAACUCCCUACACAGCUCAAGCUCCUCCCCUGCUGAACAUUAUCGCCAUGGCAAUUCUUUUAGAGCACUGAACUCCAGUCAGGUGGCGGAUCGCAGGUGAGUGUGUUCAGCAGCAGCUGUGAUAGCUGUGCGAACCAGACCAGGAUGAAAAUAAAUUCUAAGAGGAAAAAAUCACUGUCUUUGAUUUUUCUUGAAUUCCACUUAUUUAUAACCGCAGGAUUAAUCGCAACAAGAAACCACUGAUCAAUAAAAUAUCUGUAUCAUUUUAUUUCUUUGUGUAUUUAAUUGCAGAGCGGGCUGCUAAUGAAUGUGAUAACAUAUGAGUAGGUAUUGUUUGCUGCUUGGUGUGGUGUUGCAUGAAUCCUUUUAUAGAGUUUGUGUGUUCCAGUAUAAAUGAAUUUACACCUGAGAAGAGAUUCACCUUGGUUACUGAGUAUUCAAUAAUUUCACACCACAAGUGUUGUAUCACUUUUACAUGUCUGUUUUGCCUUGGAUGAGUGUGGUGGUCGAAAACUAAAACAUACUGGGUGUUUCAAAUGCAGCUGUAAUCUAUUUAAUGUGAUUUCAAUUGUGUGUGCUUAAAGAGCGGCUGUCGAGACUCUGCAGGCAGAGGUGAGCAGACUGAAGGGAAGACUGGAGAGCUGUUUGAAAAAUCAGAAGCCUAUGUUUUCUCGUCGAGCUCAUUCAUCAGCUCAGGAGAACUAUACCGCCUCCACACCUUGUGACAGGUAUAUUUUUCGUUUCUAUAUGGUCUUAACUUCACUUGUCUUCUUUUUAUCCUUUUUAUGCAUUUCAUUGAACUUAUUCCUGUCGCUUAGGUCUAAUGAGAGAGGGAGUGACAGCAGCAGACAAAGGAGGGACAGAUGGACAGCUGAUGAUGUUGGGGAGUCCACAAUGAGACGAGCAACCAAGAGACCAACAUCUGCACACAGACAAACUUCUACACAACAUGAUGUCUGUAAGUGGAUCUAAAUUUACACCCCCUACUCAACACAGAACUCAGUAUGAAACACGUUGUAUAGGCACACUGGUACAUUUCCACCAGUGUAAGACCCACUGAGUAGACAUGUGACAGGCAGUACAUGUUGAGAUAACACACUAAACUAUGCUACUUUAUGUAGUUGUGCAUAAGUGACAGACAUGCAUGUACAUUAAUUUCAAGAAAGAAUACAUGUAAAGGAUUAUAGCGUAGAUUUAACGUAUGUAAAACCGCUUUUGUUUCCAUUGACAGGUGCAGAGUCAUCCACUUCUGAACCUCCUCCUCUGGUGUCCAGAUCAACUCAAACCUCUUCUGCAGCAAGACGCAGCCACGAUGCACACACUAACACUGUCCACAGCAGAACUCAGAUCAGUAAGAUCCACACAGAAAUGUAACAGCAUGUGAAUCAAAGACGCACAUGUUCUUUUCAACACAGUCUCAUAAGAAACAAAGUUUUUGGUUAUCCAAAUGUAUUUAGGAAAAGUUAUUCCACAACAGAUUGUGACCUUUCAGCUCAUCUGUGUGUGUGUGUGUGUGUGUGUGUGUGUGUGUGUGUGUGUGUGCGCGUGUUACAGAGCAACACCCUCGUGUGUCUGAAACAGCAGAUGAACCUGACAGCAGAGGUCGCAAAGCUCCCCUUUGUCCGCAGUGUUUGUCACGUCACCAGGGGCAACCUGAGAGUAAGACGGCUCCUCUCACCUUUUGUUUAGUGUUUUCUUCUUCAAAGCAGUUCUGAAUUGUCUUUCUUAAAUUUUCGAUAAAGAUACGAGCAGAAAAAAGCUGCAAAGAUCCGCCUUUGUUUUUAAUCCAGUUACUGCUCGCAUGGCAGUUUUAUUUUUUCAUCAACUGUACCGUUUGUAUUUUUCUGUCAAACCAGAUGUCGGCAGCAGAGAGCCAGCCCACUCUUCGCGCUGUCAUCACUGUCUCCACUGUGGAUGCUCUGAACAGACCAAAAGACCUGAGCCAGGUUAGACAGCAUGCAGUCAAAGCUGUGAUGCUGCUCACACAUACAAAUGCGAAGUUUUAAUUGCUUAUUGACCGGAGGUUAUCAGGUUCAACUUAUCUUACUCAAGGCCUUGUACUUGCUAGAAGAAUAAGGCUUUAAUUAAUAACUUUUCAAGACCUGAGACCUUUUCCAGCAUUAGCAACACAGUGACUGGGAUCUUCACAUAAAUCACAUCAGUCUGCAGUAAAUUAAUUCAUUUUAAUUACUGUAUGUGUUAACGGAGCUACUGUCCUGCCCUGUGGUUCACAGACUGUCGCAGAGUCUCAGACUCCUCCAAACACAUGACCUCCCAAACUGCCCAGCCUGCUCCUGGAGGUGUGAGCGGCAGACACUUCACAGCUGCAGCUCCACCUGCUGCACUUCACUGCAUGUCAGUGUGUCCUCCACCACUUCUGUGAGUAAUAUACCCUCUUACAAAACACCCACACCCCAGACAAAAGCACCCAUGGGGGGUACUAAAGAAUAGGGACCACUAUUCUAAGACUUUUGGUGUUUGUAAAAGUACCACAAGACAGUAUUUUUAGUGUUAUCUUUUAUAUUAUAUAAAUGUUUAGCUGUAACUCUGCGUCAAUAAAGCGAAUGUUUAUUUAUUAGCACUGGUCUCACUAUUUUUAAUAACAGUUUUAGAUUAAACUAACACUGUCAGGUAUAGAGAGCUAUACAGUAUUAAAAUAGUCAUCUUUUCCAACUUUAUUGUACCAUAAAACUUGCCAAAAUUACAAGUUUGACCUCUUAAUUAACUCUGUAUUUGUCAAAUUAAAGGCUCCUUUAAUAAGCUUUUUAACUUUAGUAGGUAAUAUCAGCCAAGACAUAAGUAAGAGACAUAAGGAAAUCUGAUAUUAAAGUUGUUGUUUGUUUUUUUUGCGCAUCAACCUCCCCCUUUUUUCAGGUUUUACUCUCUGCCCCUCUACGUAUCUCCUAGCAACAGCAGUGGUCAAUCCUCAGGGGUCAGAGGUCGUGAGGAGAGGAGGGUGAGGUUGAGACACUCCCUGUCCACUGACCGUCAGCUCUGCACGGACAGUUCUCUGGACAGAGCCAUAAGAGCAGCUCGAAACAUGAAACAUACGUCCGCACACAUGGCUCGCUCGCUGGCUGCAGGACUUCACUACCAGGAGCUGCUCACUCAGUCCUGCAGCUACUAGACUGAUGCCUUCAGUCAGUCAGUCAGAGCUCAUGGGCAGCUUAGACUGAGUGACGUUCAGUCAACCUCAGCAUCCCCUCUGUCUGGCCAUCACCAGGAGCAGACAGGAGUGAGGUUUGAACCAUGUGAAUAAAAAAUCUGAGGUCACCUCUGCUUUUUAACUUUUCUCUUGUGUGUGGAAUACAAAUGUGGCUGAUGCUUUUUUUCAUACUUGAUUGUAUAAUUUAUACACAUUAAGUCUCAGGUAGCAAACAUUUUGUUUCUUCAGCGGGAAAAAUAUUUUCACAGAUGUGCCGGCAAACAUUUAAAGGUGCAGUAAAGGUGGAGCAAUGAGCAGCAUUUAAAUAAAUAAAAACACUCUUAGACUUGGAACAAGUCUUGGACCAGGUCUGCCAGUGUGCGCUCGUUAAUUAUCCCCAUUUCUACACACUGUAUCUUUAAAUGACAUUCUUGACUUGUGUAGAGAAACAUUCCAUUAAUCAUAUUGAUUGUAAUUUAUUGAGUUUCUGUCUUUUGACAUUGUGUGUGUACUGAAAUAUAAACAUCCAUAGAAGUGCCUUCAAACAGCAGAUCCUCAAUUAUUGUGAUCUAUUUAUUGAUUACGUCUCUUGAUUGCUUAAACAGUCGUGUUUUUUUUUUCAUGUCUUGUGAAGUUAUGAUUUCAGUGUUAUGGUGAGUCUCCAUGUUAAUUCAGUAGCAUGUUGCACUGUUAUUGAAAUACAUUAGUCAUGCUGGGAACCUAUUUAAUAAGUAGUCAGUAAGUCAUCCUGCUGUCUAAUUAACAGAAUGAUCAUGUGGCCAUCAGUGACCUGGGAUGCUGGAUAUCCUCAAAGUUAGUUUGCUCAUAUGUUUAUUAUUUCAUUGAGUAUCUCCAGACUUGACUUUUUAUAUGGAAGAAUUACUGGAUAAGCUUACUGUACAUUUUUAAUAGUGAGCUGUUAAGAGUAAAAAUAUUGGCUAGAGAAGGAGGUCCAUUGUAGCUAACGAGCCUCCUGUGAAGGAGAGACUGUUUUUAUACAUCAAAAGAAAAAAAACUUUUAUGGUUUGAUCACAGAAUAGGACAGUGGAUAUUUUUUUGUGAUUUUUUUUUUUUAAUCUUUUUUAAAUUUUGUACUUUUUUUUUCAAAUUGUUGACCCAGAUUUUUAAAAAUUGUAUGGACUCAAAAAUAGAAACUUAAAAACAAAAAUAAAGCAAAUGUGGUGAACAAA